AUGAGUGCAACACAAUCUAAAUCGAACAGUACAUCUAGUGACAAUGUCAAUAAUAGACAGUCAUCCAACGCAUCAGAAAAAGCCACCAAAAAUAGGGAAAAGCUAAAACUAAAGGCAAUGGACAGAAGCUUUGUGACAGCGUUGGUCAGGCUAGUACUAGCGAACGAUAAACUAUGUGUCCUAGUGGCGAAAUUACAAUUUGCACUCGAAAGCGAUCCAUUACACCCUCUCUACGAACACCUCGAUCGUGUCCAAACCAUUUUGACAUACCUGUGUGCUGAAAAUCCGGCAACUAAAGAUCAAAUGCGGUCAGAACUAAAACAAAUAACGGCCGAGUACAUCUCUCCUAGACCUAAUGUCCACACUAGUAACUCUCUUCCCAAUCCUAAUACUUAUGCCGAUACAACCGUCACGUCGAAAAGAUCGGCUUCUUGCGAGUCCACGGUCAUUGAGAAACGAUCUUUAAAACGUGUACGUGUGGGACCGUACGAGAAGGUCGUAGAUUUCGGAAAUCUCACAAAAGAAAUGCAGGAAGGUAAUGCAUCGACGAUUCCCAAUGGCCAUGACGGACAAGCGACUUCUUUUACUCCAUUAGCAACAAGGGAACAGCAAUUGCUGCAAUCCAGCCGUAUGCAACGUACUUGUCUGACUUCUGGGCUGAAUGAAAUACAGGAAGAUAAUGUGCCGGCUGUCAGUAAUAGCCUUGUCGCAGAUUUUAUCAGAGAACAACAAUUGCAGCAUUACAGUGGCUUUGCUCCCUAUGCUAAUAGUUUUGGGACUCUUUAUAGCUCUCCGCCAUCUUAUAAUUCGGAUGACAUUGCAUAA